AUGGACUUCCAAAAUGUAAAUCCUUUGAACGUUCGGUUAAACUUGAUCUCGGGCAAUUUGUUACCGAUGACGAGCGAUAAUACGCUGUUUCCUGUAGCGUGGAAGAUAUACAGCAUUGUUUUAUGGCUUGUUUUACUGCUUCAAACUGGUGCAACAAUCCCCGCGUUUAUGCUGGUGCCGAAAGACAAGAGUCUGCGGAAUCCCGGAACGAUUAACAUCGUGGUGUGCUUUGAAGUAUUUGUUUUGCUUGCGCGCAUGUACACGCACAGAGACCUAGUGCGUCAAUUAAUUCAAAAGUUGAAUGAUAUUCUACGCUCGGCGGACGAGACCAUGAAAAGUAUCGUGCAAUCGACCCUAAAGCCGCUGGAGACUCCGCUUGAGAUUUAUAGUAUAUUUGGAAUCGCAUCCGUAAUGCUGUGGUGUGCUAUGCCGCUUGCACUGCUGUUAAAAAGAAAGUAUUUUUUCUACGACGAUUUUGGACUACUAAUAGCCUUUUCGAAACAGCCAUUCUCGGGAAAAAUUUUCCUGUUAGGCAACUUUAUCGUAACUAUUGCCUGCACGUACGUAUUUACAAAAAAGGUUGCCCUGGAUGUCUACAUGAUAAAUCUCACGCUACUGAUGACAGCGCAGUAUCGCUACACCGGGAUAAAGCUUGCAACAAUAUUUCGCAAAGACACUCCGCAGAAUCAGCACAAUAAAUCUCAAAAAGAAUAUUAUUCGAAUUUAGAUACAUUGGCAGCGAGAGAGAUAAAUGCGUUAUGUCGACAUCAUAGCGCCGUGAUUCAGUAA